AUGGAGUCAAAGGAGUUAAAAUUUGUUCACUUCAAUGAUGUAUAUCAUGUGCCAUCUGCAGAGAAACUUUCACGCUUCAUGCAACUGAAAUCCUCAUUUAUGACCGACGGAGCUUUGACUGUUUUCAGCGGAGAUGCCUUUUCACCGUCCCUUGAGGCGAGUAUCCUAAAAGGCGAGCAUAUGGGACCUCUUCUCGACUUUGUUGGUGUCGAUAUCGCCUGUUACGGGAAUCAUGAUUUUGACUUUGGCGACCAGCGGCUCAUCGAGCUGUCUAAUAAAGUUUGCUUUCCUUGGGUGCUUUCCAAUGCUUGGCAUUUACCUUUGAAAGAGAAUGAGCAUCCCGAUACGCGUCUACUCGGUUGUGCCAAAUCCUACGUAACUAAGAAUGUCAAUGGAUGUCGGGUUGGAUUCUUUGGACUAGCUGGCACGGAUUGGCCGUCCAAUUGCGAAAAGCUGCCCCACUCACAUAUCGAAUGCCCUGUUAAAACUGCCCAGCGAAUGGCAUCCCACCUUCGUGUUCGAGAGAAUUGCGACUUGGUUAUCGCGUUGACCCAUAUGCGUCUUGCCGAAGACAUGGAAGUUGCAGAAGCGACAAAAACGGGCAAAAGUAGAGUCGAUUUACUUUUGGGUGGCCAUGACCAUGAAGUUGUUCGACGGUUCAAUGGCGAUACUGAUACGGACCCAGCAAAUGUUGAACAAGGUCACGAUAACAUAGAUAUUACAGUUGAAGGCUUGAUACGCGAUGCUCAGGGUGAUAUUCGGAUUAUCAAAAGCGGGACAGACUGGACAGGCUUGUCUUUGGUACGAAUGAUAAUAGGAAAAGAUGAGAAAGGAAGUACUAAUAUCUCCACGGUUGUGAGCCAGUGGAGCAAUAUCGAUACAGAAAAUCCGCUCGUCUCUACUAUUACGCCCGGAAUUAACCAGUUACUGGAUUCAAUUCAUAACCGUGUCGAUGAUCUUGUUCAGGAGCCUGUCUUGCACUCCUAUACCUUGCUCGAUGGCCGUGGCUCAGUCGUUCGCAGCCAAGAGACAAAUCUAGGUAAUAUGUUAGCAACUGCAGUUCAGGCUUUCUAUAAUACAGAUAUAGCGCUUUUCAACAGUGGCUCUAUUCGCUGCAACCAACUUCUUGGUCCAUCCAUACCGGGUGGCUCCCCAUUGUUGAUAAAAGAUAUUAUUACUAACGAUCUAGACAUCUGCCCUUUUGAAAACUCCCUUCUGGUAAAAAGAAUCAAGGGUAGUGUUAUAAUACACUCUAUGGAAAACUCAAUUGGAGAUAUGCACAUGGACGGACGUUUCCUUCAGGUAGCUGGUCUACGCAUGGUAGCUACCUGGCAACGAAAACCGGAGCAUCGCGUCUUGGAAAUAUUCCUUGAUCGACCCGGUGCAGCGCCACAAAAACUAGAUCCCUCUCGCGUAUAUACCGUUGCCUUGCCCAAGUUUAUCGGGGAUGGAUUUGAUGGAUAUACCUCAUUUCCGGCAGAGGAGACAAUCGUCGACGAAGAAACUGCUAUAACUGAUACCGGUCUCAUGUUACAAAUAUUUGGACAAAAGGCCGAAGAGAGGUGUGAUGAUCACGAGCUGGGUAUCCAGCGAGCGCAAGCUGUUACUAUCGUUGGUACAGCCUCGGACGGCUUGCCUAUUGUAAAUCCUGUGGUUGACGGUAGAAUUCGGUUUAUCGAGUGCCCGGCGCUCUAA